AUGAUGAUGACGUGCCGUCUGCUGUGCGCCCUGUUGGUGCUCGCCCUCUGCUGCUGCCCGUCCGUGUGCGCGGCAGACGCUGCGCCUGGGCCUGGAGCCGCCGCCUCUUCUUCCAAUACGACCACGACGACGACUACAAAAAAACCACCAACUACAACCACGACGACCACAACACAGGCACCAACCACGACCUCGACCACCACUACGACAACCACGACAACGACGACUACAACACAGGCACCAAGUACUACGACUACUGAGGCGCCAGCUGUGUCGACCACCCGCGCACCGUCACGUCUUCGGAGCGUCGACGGCAGCCUCAGCAGCUCUGCGUGGGUGUGUGCCCCGCUGGUGCUCGCCGCAUCCGCGCUGGCGUACACCGCUGUGGGCUGA